UUGACUGAAGCGACACAACCAAUAUGGCCUUGAAGUACGCCGACCCUGCACACCCUGCCACCGCUCCUGGCAAGGGAUCAUUGAUUGUGUCUGUGUUGCUCUUCCCGGUGCAUAUCGUUGGUGCAGUUACCGUCUUCGUCCUGUCCGUGGUCGUUGGGAUCCCUUGCCUCCUGUACUUGUACUUGUUCCAUCGCGACAUGCUCACCACAGCACUCACACCCGCGUCGAAACCUUCCAUCGAGAAACGCAGCACAAAUGGACGUCACUACAAAGACCCUGCUUUGCUGCAGCGUGCAUGGGAGCGUCCCGUUGGACAGCUGUACCUCGACAGGCAGCUCGAAUUUCAGCGACGUGAAGGCUACUGCGCGCCGACCACUCUCCGCAACGUCCUCAAAUCGAUUCCAUCGGUACCUCUGGAGCACAUUCCAGAGGCCCAACCUGGACCUUGGACAGCUCAACAGUUCCAAACAAAACUCGACAGCGUUGGGUUCACUUCGUCGACGAUUGUGUACGGCAACGCCUCCUACGACGUUUUUCUUGACGCGAUCAAGCGAUCGAACGACACGAACGUCCGCGUCGCGAUGAACUUCUUGCAUCCUGCGUUAUUUGGCAUGGAUGGUCCUUCGUUUCUGCCGCACGUCAUGCUCAUGGCGAUCCUUGGCGGUCAUUUCGCCAACAUCGUGGGAUACUUGGAGGAUGUAGACCUCGUUGUGGUGUUCGAUGUGAACCACGACUAUGGGCCAUACCUCGUCCCUUCCACUCGCCUCUACGAAGCUGUUCGAGCAGUCGACGUACAAUCAGGCAUGCCCCGUGCUCUAAUCGUAUCAGACCUCGUACACCCGACAAGAUGACAGUGGCCUGGCCAACGCGAAUCCUUCGACGCAUCACUUUGCAUUAUCUUGGCAUCCGUCCCUCGCGCACUCGAGGCCGUUGAGCCUCGCCUGUAAACUUGCUGCG